GGGUUAGAUAAUUUUAUGCCGCAUCGAUGAGAUAACUGACUUGAUGGAUCCAGAGCAAGACGACCCUGGGAGGAGAUAUAAACAGCAGCUUCAUCCUGUCUCUGCUGUGGUCUUGACUCUUUUCCCCAGCAGGCGACGUUUGAGGGAGCCUCAUCUCAUUAUCGUUGCUUGCCAUAACCAAUUUCUCAUAAAUAUCCCUCCAUUCUCCCCCGUUAACUAGUUAACUAGUUAGUUAAUAGGCAAGAUGGCCGCGGCCGAAGCUGUCUCUGGGUCAGCGUUCGUUCCCAGGGACACGCUGGCCGCCGAGGGUGUCUAUGAAAUGUUCAUUCCUGGGUUCGGUGUCCUGUCCCGUGUCAUUUCUACGCUCUUUCACAUUGAUAUAUCCCAAUAUCUCCCCUUCCUGUUCAUCGGGGCACUGAUAAUCGCCGCCUCCCGGUACUUCUUUAAUGGCGUGUCCAACUUCGUGCACAGUCAUUUCAUGUCCUCAGUGCAGGUGCAUGUCAAUGACGAAGUGUACAACUACCUGAUGUAUUGGGUGUCGAAGCAGAAAUUCGUCAGUCGGGCGACAGAUAUCUUCGCCUCUAGCUCGGUGGAGAGCCAGUAUGUGUCGAGAUACGACGACGAGGAUGAUGAUGAUGAUGAUGAUGAUCAUGACCAGCGGGAGGUUGACGAGGACGGAAUUAACAUGAUUGGGAACGAGGAAGACUUCGAGGAAUACUGGAAACGGACGAACAGAUGGGACAAGAUUAAGCCCAUCCAUUUCACUCCUGCUCUCGGGACGCAUUACUUCUGGCAUAAGGGACGCUUCCUCACGGUCGACCGGGCCAGAGAGAAGUCAAAUACGUGGAAUGAGACACUCCGAAUUUCUUGUCUGGGGCGGAAUACGGGAUUUCUACGAGACUUGAUACGCGAAGCCCAGCUGAGCUAUCUGCAACGGGACGUGAACAAGACAAUUAUCUAUCGGUGGUCGAAUUCAGACCCUUCGUCCGGGCCAAGCUGGACCAGAUGCAUGGCACGACACCCAAGACCGCUUUCAAGUGUCAUUUUGGACCAGGAGCAGAAAGAUGUCUUCCUGGACGACGUCAAGGACUACCUCCAUCCCUUUACGAAGCGCUGGUAUACGAACCGUGGCAUUCCGUAUCGUCGAGGAUACCUCUUCAGUGGACCGCCGGGAUGUGGAAAGACGAGUCUCUGCUUUGCUGUUGCUGGGCUGCUCGGACUGAAGAUCUAUGUCGCUAAUCUUAGCUCCCCGAAUCUGACUGAAGAAGGAUUGGCGUCGCUUUUCGCUACCCUUCCUCGAAGAUGUAUCGUCCUUCUAGAAGACAUCGAUACCGCUGGGAUAACCAAAAGCCGUCUGCAGGCCGGCGCUCCGUCUUCCAUUUCACCUGCUGCACAAAACGCCUCCACGCAGUCUCGGUUGAAAGCCAGCACUGUCGAUUACGACGACGAUGAUGAUAGUGAUGGAGAGGGUUUUGGCGAAUGCGGCGGACAGACCCCCGCCCCCGUAUUGCUGCAACCAGGCAUUUCGCUUUCUUCACUGCUCAACACCAUCGAUGGAGUCGCAUCGAGCGAAGGCCGUAUUCUCAUCAUGACCACGAACCAUGCCGAGAAUCUUGACCCUGCACUGCUGAGGCCUGGGCGUGUUGAUCUGACGAUCGAGUUCAGCAAUGCUGACUCACAGACUAUAGUGUCUCUGUUCCGAGCUAUCUACUCCGAGAUCGAAGGGGAUUGGGGCGAUCCCGUCUCUUCCAGUAAGAUGGGCGAGAGCAGGGGAGAUGGAGAAGUGCUUGCCUGCAAGACCAAGUCGAACGUAACCACAGCAACUCCCCCAAGCGCUCCUACCACUCGCCAACGAAUAGGACAUGGCCUCUCUGCAGAUCAGAUACAUGAUCUCGCCCAGGAGUUUGCCAGGCAAAUACCAAACAAGCAGUUCUCUCCUGCCCAGAUACAGGGAUUCUUGCUAUCGCAUAAGGCGUCCCCGAGAACGGCGGUCGAACGGGUCGGGGAGUGGGUGGUCAAGCACAGCAAAAUCAAUUACGAUCAAGGAAGCGACAUGUGAAAUUUGAUUAAUCAUGGAGAGAGGGUACCAGUUGCUAUUGAGAGGAAAUUUCGAAUGGAAUAGAUCUAUGCCUCACUAUGUGUAUACAUCUAGAUAUCCAAUAGUUAUAUGAUGAUAUUUACAUAGAGUAUUGAAGCGGAUGGAUAGCAAAACAAGCUCUGCCACGUGCCUUGGAUCUAGAUAAUUGCAUACAUUAACUACCAACAUAGAGCAGGACUCAAUAAACCUUCGAAUUUUAACUAUCAGCCUGAUGAGUUCGCCGUUUGUGGGGCCAAGGUGGAGGUAACUAGGUAUAGACGGUGAAAGUUAGAGUUGGUUAUAACUUUGGCUGCAGAUAAUCUGGCUAUAACGAGCGACUGUAUGCCCGCACCCCCUCCUUAUAACUAGGUUAUCUGGCCUCUUAGUAAGUACCUAGUUAUACUUAUAGUUAUAUUCUCUUCUUAUCCUCUGCAGUCGUCCUCUCCUUCGCCCUCCCUGUUUAUUCUCGGCGUGUCGAGCCUUUGCUGCGCCGCUAGGACCUUCGAGUGCCUUGAGAUCUUCUUCUUUGAUACCCUGGUUAAUUAGUUAUAGUAUCCAGUUUUCCUUUUUUCCUAGCCUUCAAUACGACAUAGCCGAGGACACGGGUAGGUACUACUCCGUAGUAGUUAUCGUGAUAGCAGGGCUCAAUAUGGUGAUCAAAAGGCCAUCUUCAUCUUGACUUUCAGUUUAUAUAUUCUCUUCCCACUCGAUGCCACUGCUAUUAUCAUCAGAAUUCCUCUGGGUUUAUGUCUGCAGCACCGCUUAAAUCAGCGAGUCGUUGUAGCGUCCAUUGUAGUUCCAAUAUAUCCUAGUCAGGCAGCGGUAACUACUUAAGUUUUGUGCGUCACUGGCUGUUAGAAUUAACUAGUUAUCUCAUCGCCAGAUAUAAUUUUCCGCUCAGUGAUCGAAUUCCAGGCCUUGAAGUCCAUUUCCAGUCCAGUAAGAUCACAAGGGAGUACCUAGGUAAGAGGCUGUCGCCGGCGAACACCACUCCCAAAGUUUGGUGAUUGGUGAACUCGACGAACGAAUAGUUGUAAUCGUCUGCUGCCCAGGGUCGGUAUGUGAUCAUUUCAUGAAGUUAGGGUUCUCUGGCUGAGAGGAUCCC